ACCAGAUGGACUGGAGACGCUUCUUCAAGCCCAAAACUCCCGUUCAAACUCCACAAAAAACGAGUGGAAUACCAAUGUUGGAUCAAGUAAUGAGCGCUACCAAGGGUGCAACGGAUGCAUUUUCUGGUGUUGGCAAUUUGUUUAAGAAGAUGGGAUCUACAACUAUUCCCGGCAUGGUUGGAUAUGGAGUUGGUUUUAGUCAUGGCUAUGGACUUGGCCGAUCCUCGAAACAACUUCAAUCCCGUCUAGUAGAACCAAUGACAAAGAUGAUUGGACUUAUUCCCGGCUUACCCUUUGGUUGGGGUGCAUUGCCAAUGCCAGAACCCUCAAAGAGUGCCCAAAGCAAGGUCCCUACCAACCAAAUUUCUGCUGAAAGCAAGAUGCAAUUGGCAACUAAAUCAGCAGACCAAAUUUCUCAAGGGAUGCAACAGGCAACUAAGUCAGUUGACCAAAUUUCUCAAGGAAGCAUGACGCAGUUGGCAACUAAAUCAGCCAGCCAAAUAUCUCAAGGUCUUGUAGGGCCCCAACCUACUACAAAGAUUGAUUUGGCUUUUGACUAUAAAGCAUUAAAAGAGGCUGCAGUUGACUCUGCAUCUGACACCCAAACAGAGAACUUUCCGCAAAAUCCAUCAUUGAAGGGAGAUGGAGGAAGACUUGAUGAAGUAGCUGGACUCGUGCAGCCAGAGAACAAACUACUUCAGACGGUUAUGAAGCAGCGGCAAAUCAUUGAUGAACUUGUGGAGGAAAAUGAGAAGCUUUGCAGGAUACUACAAGGGAAAGACCUAAAAAUGCCAUCUAGCAAACUUGAAGCAAGUUCUUCAGAUUCAAAUAUUCAGACAUUUCCUUCAUCCGAAGUUCAGGAUAAGAUUACGGCCGGUGUUUCUAGGCCUCCUGGAGAUGCUGAUGGUACUUUGUCAACUUCUAAAGCAGAAAAUCAGGGUAUAUCACCAACUUCAAAAGAAGAAAAUGACGGUACAUUGCCAAUUUCAAAAGGGGAAAAUGUCGAUAAAAAAGAGUAAAGCUAAAAGAAAAAUCCUACAACUUGACGUGGAAUUCUUUUGCCUCAGUUUUAACUAAAGAUUUGCUAGCUACGGUAUUUUUUAAUACUGUAACAACUAAGUUUUUUUUAAUAUGUGAAUAUGGAAUAUUCCAUCAAUAAUCAAUAAUUGCUGUUAAAUCGAUUUGUUUAGUACUAUUGAUCCCUUUGUAGAUGCUACUGGAGAAGUUUUAUAUUUUGAAUACAUGGGGAUGGAAUCUAUUGCUUUAUUUUCUGUGC